AUGGGUUGCAAUUCAAGUUCAGAAUCAAAAUCAAGUGAUAAAAUUGAUAAACAAUUAUAUGAAGAAAAAAAGUCACAAGAAAGAGAAAUUAAAUUAUUAUUAUUAGGUAGUGGUGACAGUGGUAAAAGUACUAUUGCCAAACAAAUGCGUUAUAUUCACACUAAAGGUUUCACAUCUGAAGAAAUUGAUACCUUUGUUGAAAUUAUGCACAGUAAUGUUUUAUCAUCUAUUCAAAUUUUAAUCCGUAAUUGUUCAACUGAUGAAUUAGGCGACUUAAAGGAAAGAGCAGAUUAUUAUUCAGAAAUUAAUCCAUACGAGUUACCAUUAACUCCAGAUAUUGGUUCAGAGAUCGAUAGAUUAUGGAAACAUGAAUCUAUUCAAAAACUUUUCAAUAAUAAAAGAGCAGAACUUAAUUUACCAGAAGUUACCUCAUAUUGUUUAGAUCAAGUUGAACGUAUUAGCUCAGAAACCUAUGCUCCAACUCAAGAAGAUAUUUUAAGAUGUCGUCAACGUACUACAGGUAUGAAAGAAACUGUUUUCAAUGUUCAAGAUAUUAAAUUCCGUCUUAUUGAUGUCGGUGGUCAAAAGAAUGAACGUAGAAAAUGGAUUCACUAUUUCGAAGAUGUCAAAACAAUUAUAUUUUGUGUUGCUCUUGGUGAUUAUGAUAUGAACCUUGUUGAAGAUGAAACAAUUAAUAGAAUGGAAGAUUCUCUUAAACUUUGGACAGAUAUUGUAAAUAAUCCUUUCUUCAAAUCCACCUCAUUUGUAUUAUUCUUAAACAAAAACGAUAUCUUUAGAGAAAAAAUUAAAAAGAUUCCAUUAUCAGUUGCUUUCCCAGAUUAUCAAGGUGGUCUUAAUUACGAUAAAGGUAUUGAAUAUGUUCGUAAUAAAUUCUUUGCUUCAGUUCCAACUGCUACCACUAUUGUUGCACACGUUACCACUGCCACUGAUACUGAAAACAUUACCAUUGUUUUUGAUGCAGUUAGAAGAAAUAUUUUACAAUCAAUCCUCAAGAUAAAUUUCUAA